CGUACAUCGUAAGAAUUUGCUGCAGGGAAAGAUCCAUCGAGACGGAGGAAAGAGCCAAUGAGUUGGUCGAGUUCCAAAGUUGGUUUGCAACCGCCUUAACUGUAACCUCCUCCUUCCGUCCAAGGCAGGCUGCCAUGUGGUCUCCAAUCUUUGCUGCCCGGCUGUCACCCUCCAUACGAGCGUUUAGCUUGAAAUCGAGAACGUCGCCAGCCCUUCUAAACCCUCUCAGACUCACCCAGCACACGGUGCAUACCCCCUUUACCCCCUUCCGAAGCAGCCGGAACGUACCACUGCAGCUGCAGACGUAUGCCACUAUGAACUCUCAGGAACUCGCACAGUACCUGGCCGAUGCCCCGCCUACUGUCGUGCGCCUCGAGAUUGAGAAGCAUUUUGAGGCUUUGACGGAUAAGCAGAAGCGAUAUGCGCAUUUCAUCAGCAGGGCCUCACUUGCGGGCAAUCGUAUCGUGCUCCGCCAGGUCUCACCUGAGUCUGAGGACAUCUACGACUUCAUCAUCAGCCUGCACAAGGCCUCGGGCGGUGACUGGGAUGGUCUUGCUAAAAAGGCCGGAAUUGACGAGACGCAACUCUCGCAAUUCCUAGAGUACGCCGCUCAAUUCCUCGGUAACAGUGGCAACUACAAGAGCUUCGGCGAUUCCAAGUUCAUCCCAAGAUGUGAUGAAAGCACAUUCGCUGCGCUCGCCAAAACGAGCGCUGACGCCCAACGCUUCUACGAAGCGACCAAGGGUGCUAUCUUCAGCGCCGAUAAGCCUGGCUUGUUGCAUCUCGGAUACCCGGACAACGGCCACAUGACGACGUAUUACCCUGGCUCGCCGGACAUCACGCAGUCCGAGAUUGAGGCUGUGUCGAGUUGGAUGGAGCAGAAGGGCCUAUUGCCUGAGAACACCAGGUUGCACAAGACCCAGAACGGCGUCUAUGAGAUUCUCAUCGCCUCGGCCAUCACUAGCGUACCCCCCGAAGGCGGAGAUAUUGGCAAAGACACCGAAUUUACCAUUGAUGAUGGCGCGCUCAAGGGCAAGACGAUCAGGCUCGUCUACGGCGACUAUGCCGCUGAGAUGAAGAACAUCGCUAGUUAUAUCGCGAAAGCUCGCGAAAACAGCGACAAUGAUACCCAGACCUCUAUGCACAAGGCAUGUGCCAAGUCGUUCCACGACGGAUCCCUGCUCACAUUCAAGGACAGCCAGAGAUACUGGAUCCGAGACAAGGGGCCCAUGGUGGAAUCGAACAUCGGAUUCAUCGAAACAUAUCGAGACCCGGCCGGCAUCCGAGGCGAGUGGGAAGGGUUUGCUGCCAUGGUCAACCUGGAACGGACUCGGGCUUUCGGCGAGCUCGUCAACUCUGCUCCAUCUCUCAUUCCUCUUCUUCCUUGGAGCAAAGAUUUCGAGAAAGACAAGUUCCUGUCUCCCGACUUUACAUCACUCGAGGUACUUACAUUCGCCGGUUCUGGAAUUCCCGCGGGAAUCAACAUUCCCAAUUACGACGACAUCCGGCAAACCGAGGGUUUCAAGAACGUCUCGCUUGGCAACGUACUCAGCGCCAAGGCGGCCAACGAGAAGGUACCCUUCAUCUCGGAAGCCGACUUGGAGCUGUACCAGAAGUAUAGAGACCCUGCCUUCGAAGUGCAAGUCGGCCUGCACGAGUUGACUGGCCAUGGAUGCGGCAAACUUCUCCAGGAGACGUCUCCUGGCGUCUACAACUUUGAUAAGGAGAACCCGCCAAUUAACCCCCUAACAGACAAGCCCGUGACCACAUGGUAUAAGCCGGGCCAGACAUGGGGUUCCGUCUUUGGAAGCCUUGCCGCCUCGUACGAGGAGUGCCGCGCAGAGCUGGUCGCCAUGUACCUGAGUUGUGAAUUUCCCGUGCUCAAGAUCUUCGGCUUUGGGGACGGCAGCACCGACAUGAGUAACGAGGCCGGCAAUGUACUAUAUGCCGCGUACCUUCAAAUGGCUCGUGCCGGUCUUGUGGCGCUGGAGAUGUGGGAUCCCAAGAGCCAGAAAUGGGGCCAGGCUCAUUCUCAAGCCCGGUUCUCCAUCCUCCAGUGCUUCCUCCAGGCUGGCGACGACUUCUGCGUGCUGGACUACAAGAAUGACGACUUGUCUGACCUGCAGAUCAAGUUGGACCGGUCAAAGAUUUUGACCACAGGCCGUGAUGGUAAAGUUGCCCCAGCCGUGGGCAAGUACCUCCAGAAGAUCCAUAUCUAUAAAUCAACUGCCGAUGUAGAAGCAGGCACCGAAUUCUACAAGGCCAUGACCAACGUUGACAUGGAUUUCUGGGGCACCAAGGUGCGCAACGUUGUCCUGCAGAACAAGCAGCCACGCAAGGUCUUCGUUCAGGCCAACACUCACCUUGAUGAGGCUACCGGAAAGGUUAGCCUUCGACAUUAUGAGGCUACGCCAGCCGGCAUGAUCCAGAGCUGGGCCGAUCGGGAGGCAUAAUUGAUUGGGUGUGCGAAUGUAGAAGAGAUGGUCUAGAGACAGUGGCAUAUGGAGUCUCAAUGGACAUUCCUAUCGAAUAGUUCCUGUAGAACUAGCAUUGAAGAGAGGGGACUGUUGUUGCAUAGAAGUCUCCCCGAAAACGAACUCUAGACACUAAGACAUCAUGAAGUGUGGCCUGCAGGCUCCGUUACUGUGGAGAUGUGCAACAGAUCAAAGCUAC